CAGCCUCGCCUGCCUAAUCCGUUCUCUCACUCAUCUUCAUCUGUCGAUCUAUCUGCUCUACUUAGACUUUCUUCCUGCUUACCUUACCUUUCUACUGUUCUGUCAACUCAAUCCUCCAGCACACACACACACACACACAGUCAUCAAUCAGACUAGCUUCUUCAACACCCAUCAUCUCCUUCACAUCCAACCUAUAUACCUCCCUCUUCCCUUCUCAUCAUAACCCCGACCUCAACCAAAUCAUACAAAACUAAACCCAACCCACCACAAUCUCAAACCAAACCAAAAAUACGUCCACCGAUGGCUUCAUCCCCAGAAGCACAGAAAACCAAAAAUAUCCCCAACGGAUCCGCAUCUAGUACGCACACCACGAACGCGAGAAGAAAACCCCUGAUGGAUUUCUCGUCUCUGCAUCCGUGCUCUGCCUCGAUGGAUGAUGAGGACGACGAAGGUAGUAUGCAAUCAUCGCACGCAAGGGUGGGAUCAUUCUCGGGGAUGCAUACAGAUUCGCACUCACAUUCUCAUCCAUUGUCAUCGUCGUCGUCGUCGGCUUCGACUCCUACUCAGAUGCAGAGGUACACUCCGUAUCAGCCAAGCAAUAAAUUUAACUCGAAUUAUACGAUUCCUUCGGGAAGUGAAUCCACCCCGAAAUCGACCACUACAGCCAUCACUGCCAGAUUGAAAUCGAAAUCCAAGUCCAAGUCCACGACUGCACACGUCCACUUCCUGGACCAGAUUGAUAUCUCAGAUACAACUACAACUACAACCACUUCUGCAGCUACAAGCACAAACAUGAACGGAAACAAACGCACAGAAGCAGAUGGAAAUGCAGCUGAAGAAAACACCAUGCCUCUUGGUCCUCGCAGUCGGGAUCUCUCUCUUAGUGAGAGUGAGAUUAGUUUGCUGGAUAUAGGACCUAGUCUGGUGUAUGGUGAUGAUGGAUAUAUUCCUCUGUCUGCGGGUGGAUAUGUGCGUGAGCAUGGGCAAGGUGAUGGUGGUGGUGUUUCGGUGGUGGGGAGGGGGAUGCAGGGGUUGCAGUUGGAGUGAGGAGGGUAGUUUGUUGGAGUUUCUGUUGUAGAUGGAUGGAGUUUAUAGUCUCUUGCUCUGUAGGGUCUGUGGGAUAGAGGAGUUAUUCCUGUUGUUAGAGUAGUGUAGAGUAUUUUCCUUUUCCGUCUGCUUGUUCUUGCUGCUUUGUACUAUGGACAUGAAUAUCCUGUAAUUCUAAUACUUCAUGAAUAUUACAUACAUUAUAUUCUAUAUGCUCUAACGAAAUCUAUACAAGAGUCUCA